AUGCCAUUUCUGUACGGAAACCAUGUGGUCAAGGCACACUUAGGACGAAUAACAGAAGACACGCCGGAGCACCAAGGGGUGGUGAUAUUUUCGAUGAACGACAUUCCACUAGGAUUUGGAGUGACUGCUCGGAGUACAACAGAUACGAAGAAACUCGACCCCACCUCCAUUCUCGUCUAUCAUCAAGCCGACGUCGGCGAAUACCUGCGAGACGAAGAAACCCUGUUCUAG